AUGGCCCCCUCUGUAGCUGUCGAUAACACCACCCCCGAGGUCGCCCUCGACAACACCACUCCGGCCGUCCAAGAAUCAACUCAGCCCGCGCUGGUCGGCCGCACAAAUGACCUCUUCUCCCUGGGUAACCGCACAGUCGUGAUCACGGGUGGUGGUCGCGGUCUCGGGAUCGUCCUUGCCGGCGCUGUCAUCGAAGCCGGAGGUGAUGUCGUCUGUCUGGACCUUCUUCCCAGCCCCAGCGCCGAUGAAUGGGCAUCAGUACAGAAAGUGGCCACAGCCCGCGGUUUGCAUGCAGCAUACAUCCAAUGCGACAUCACGGAUGAGCCAUCGACACAGAAAAUUCUUGAACAAGUGGCCGCUGAGGCGCGGAGUCGAGGUAUGCCGCUGCGCGGAGCUGUGACCUGUGCUGGUAUCCAGCAGAUGGUGCCUGCUUUGGAAUACCCGAUUGAUAUGUGGAAGAAGAUGUUGGAUGUGAAUGUGAUCGGUACUUUUAUUCCUGCGAAGCACUGCGCCCGCAUCUUCAAGGAGCAGAACACCCCGGGUAGUAUUGUGAUGAUUGCUUCUAUGUCGGGCCAGAUCGCCAACCGGGGAUUAACCUGCACCGCAUACAACUCCUCCAAAGCUGCCGUGCAUCAGAUGUGUCGAUCCGUUGCCCAGGAAUGGGGUCAAUAUAAUAUUCGUGUGAAUACACUGUCCGCCGGCUACAUCCGCACCGCCAUGACCGAUGCGCUGCUUCAGGAGAAGCCCGAGGUCGAGGAGACCUGGAUGCGUGGUGCGUUGCUAGGCCGUCUUGGUGUUCCGGAAGAUUUCAAGGCGCCAACGGUGUACAUGCUUGCUGAUGGAAGCGGUUUCAUGACGGGCACGGAUCUGAGGGUGGAUGGUGGACAUUGUGCUUCUGCUUGA